AAAGGGACACUUUGCGGAACACAACGGCGCGCCCGUUUGAAAGAACAAGCUGCUGUCUAGCAACCGAAGCACUCAAUGGCUGCGAAUAUUCUACAGUGGAGUAGACAGCCUUAAAGAAUAAACUUGCGAAGAAAUAAAUCCUUAAUAAACACGACAAUAUGGCUGCGAAGGACAACCAUCGCAUUAUGCUCUUAGAGGAAGAAGUACGGAACCUGUCAGAGGAGCUGGUUCAAUGUCAGGCAGACAAAGAGUUUGUGUGGUCAUUAUGGAAGCGUCUGCAGGUUGCCAAUCCGGACCUCACGCAGGCAGUGAGUUUGGUGGUAGAGCGAGAGAAGCAGAAAGGAGAGGCCAAAGACCGGAAAGUUCUGGAGAUUCUUCAAGUCAAAGACUAUAAAAUACAGGAGUUGGAACAGAGGGUUACCAGCCACCAGCGGGAGAACAGCAGCCUGGCCCAGAGAGCACGCUCCGCGGAGGAAGACAGCGCUGCGAAGACGAAGGACGUGGCUGCCCUGCGCCAAAGACUGAAGGAGAAAAGCCAGGAGCUGAAGGCGUGUCAGGAGCAGAGUAAGAGGAGGGAGGCGGAGCAGCAGGGCGUGGUCAGAGAGCUGGAGGAGGCGAAGGUGGGGCUGGACGAUCGCUGCGGUCGCAUGCAGAGGGACCUGGAGAAGCUCCUGGAGCAGGCGGUCGAGUGGUCGCAGGAGAAAACCGCCAUCCACACCAAAGCCCAGGUAUUUGAAGGUGAGCUGAAGGAUGCAAAGCAGCAAAUUGAAGACUUGCGUGAGAGAUGCAGCUACCUGACAGCUGAGCUCUCUGCCCGAGAAAAAGAGCUGGAACAAAUGGAUGACCAUGUGACCAGACUCAAGCAGGACCAGCAGCAGCUGCAGGCUCUGUACACUCAGAGUGUGGAGCACGCGUCUGACCAGGCGCAGCUCAUUAAGCAGCUGGAGGAGCUCAACCUGGACACACAGAGAGUGCUGCGCACGCAGGAGGCAGCGCACUCCGCCGACUCCGUCUCCUAUCAGCGGCUCUACAGUGAUCUGAAUGAGAGCUUCCAGGCUCUGAAGGCCAGCGAGGCCCAGCUUCGCCAGGCUCAGCUCUCCCUGACGACGCAGCUGUGUCUGAAAGACCAGGAGAUCCUCCACCUGCAGGCCCAGCUGCAGCCGCCCCCCACCACCGCCACCGCGGCCUGCUCGCCCAUCCGCCAGAGCAACUACAGACAGCCAGAGGAGCGGCUGAGGAGGAGGAGGAGUGUGAGAGGGGAGUGCGUGGAGGAUGAAGAGUCGCCGUUAACCCUGAGCGCAACACCCAGCCGGGACACACAGACCAACCUGAGGAUAUCGCAGGGUGCAUCUGUGCUGCGUUCCCGGUCGCUGUCCCCGGCGAGCGGCAGCGGUGGCAGAAGGGGACCGUUCGGGGGGCUGAAGCGGGCUGAGGCCAGGGUUCGAGACCUGGAAGAGAUGCUUCAGUUAAAGACGGAGGAGAAUGCAGAACUGAAGAAAGCCCAUGAGAAUCGGCAGGAGAGGCUGCACGUGCUUCAGAACAACUACAAAACUCUCAAAGAGCAGCUAAAGCAGGCUGAGGAAUCCCAAAACCUUCCGAGGGGGAGGAAGCAGCGUGCUGAGGCCUGGGAGCUCCGGCAGGAGGACAGCGACGGCGUCUGGAAUGAGCUGGCCUACUUCAAACGGCUCACUAAGAACCUCGCCACUGAGAAGACUAAUCUGGAAGAGGAGGUGGACGUGCUGCGCGUGCAGGCCGCUGUGGACAGGUCCGCACUGCAGGAGGUGCGCAUGAGCCUGCAGCAGGAGCAGCAAGAGCUGCUGCUGAACGAGGCCGAGGGCGCCGGGGUCACCCGCUGCAGCACCCCCAAAACGCCGUCCGCCGCGGAGACUGAGAACACUGCUCAGCAGGUUGAGCAGCUGCAGAAGAAGGCGUGGUCCCUGGAGAAGGAGGUGGAGCUCCUGAAGCAGGCCAAUCAGGACCUGUCCGAGGCCAGAGAGAGGCUGCAGAAGAGGGCGUGGUCUCUGGAGCAGGAGGCGGAGAGCCUGCGGGCGGCCAAUCAGGAGCUGUCGGAGGCCCGGGAGCAGCUGCAGACGUCCGUGCUGCGGCUGCGCAGUCAGGCGGCCGCGCGGCAGCAGGCGGACCGGGCGUGGCACCAGGGCGUGGCGCAGGAGCUGGAGGAGGAGCUGGGGGCGUGCCGGAGGCAGCUGGCCCAGGCCAGGAGGGAGGGGGCCCAGGCCAGACUCCGCCUGGAGAGGGCCCGGCAGGAGCUGGGGCUGCUCCGGGCCGCGCGGGACUACAGCCGCACCCGCUCCCGAAAACACCACCGAAACGCCGCCGCCCCCGCCGCCUCGACCAGGGGGUCACUGCGCCGACGCCUUUCCUGCUACAGGAGCAGGACACGCCCAUCACACCCCAGGGCCAAUAAGGACGACUGGGAGGACGUCAGCGCCGAAAGUGACAGUGGAGAGGAGUACACCGACAGCCUGAACACCUCACUUCCUGCCCGGCCACAGUCACCGUGCGACCGUCGCCGCGGGGACUCCUCGACUUCCCAGCAUGCCCUGCAGACGGGCGACAUCAGAGACGCGCGAGCGGAGGCCGUCGGACACGCCCAGCCUGGCUGCGUGCAGGUGCCGCGGGGUUGGCGGGCGUACCGGAGGAGAGGCGCGUUCUCCCGGGCCCUCCAGCAGAGGAUCGGCGCUCUGCAGCAGCAGGUCACCGUCCUGCAGGCCGCCAAGAAGACCGCGCAGAGCGCCGUCCAGGAGCUGCGGCUCGCGCAGGACAAGAUGGCGUCGCAGCUGAGCGCGCUCACGCAGAAGCUGAACGCCAGCAAGCAGCUCUCACAGAAGCUGACCUCUGACCUCGCUACCUCGGAGCACCAGAGAAGCGAGCUGGAGCGUGAGCUGGAGGAGCUGAAACAGAGGUCCCCCCGUGCCCCCACCCAGGCCCCCGAACCCCAAAACACGGCCGAGGCGGAGCUCAAGGGCCUGCAGGCUAAACUGAAGAAUGCCUGUAAUGAGGUAACGAAGCACACACUGGCCACUAAAAGCCUGAAGACUGAGCUUCAGGCCAAGGAGGAGCAGGUGAAAGAGCUGCAGGAAAAGGUUUCCCACAUGGAGCGUGACAUCACCAUGAAGAGGCAGCUGGCUGAAGAUUUAAGAAGUAAAAUGAAGACCUUCCAGGACAACGACAAGAGCCUGAAAUCACUCAUUGAGGACCUGGAGAGAAAAGUGAAGGUUUUGUCCGAGGAGGCGGCGAACAGGAAGGCCUUCAUCGACUCGCUGAAGAGGAGGCUGAGCGUGACGAGCAAAGAGAGGAGCGAGUACGAGCUGAGCAGCCAGAAGCUGAGGAAGCUGCUGGACAAGAAGGACCAGAAGGCGCAGGCGCUGCAUGCGCGGGUGCUGCAGUGUGAGGAGGCGAUGGCGGAGCUGGAGCGCACAGCGUCGCAGCAGAUGCACGGCCUGGCGCAGCAGAGCUCGCAGUCCCUGGACGCGCUGCAGAGGAAGCUGGCCGUCGCCAACGCGCAGCUGGAGCACUUCCACGCCUUCGUCCAGGCGCUGGCCAGCGAGCUUCACUCGGACAUGCAGGAGGUCAGAGGUCAGCUGCGGAAGCACAGGCGGCGGAAGCAUCCGGAGAGCAGCCGCCAGUCCAAGGAGUCCCUGAUGAGAGCGCAGUGCCUGGCGGCCUCCAUCCUCAACGUGUCCCACACCGACCUGCAGGACAUCCUGGACCCCGAGCAGAAUACUGAAGAAGCGGAAAUAGAGAGGAGGAAGGAACACGACUGGCUGGACCAAGUGAUGAAGCUUCUGCAACAGCAGAUCCCGUCUGUCUCUCUGUUGAUGGAGGCCGUGCGAGCCAAGCUGAGAGAGAGGACGGUGCUAACAGAGGAGCUGGCUUCCCUCAGAACACAGGCCCGAAACACGCCUGACCCCGGCCCUCUCUGACACGCCAGAAACCCGCCAACUACACGCCUGACCCCGGCCUUCUCUGACACGCUAGCAACACGCCAGCAACACGCCUGACCUCGACGUUCUCUGUCACACCAGCAACACGCCACGCGGUGUGAAUUGCUGCAGUCUUUGGUGAUGUCAUAGCACUAGCACUGGCACAGCCUGCUCAGAUGUCCUUGGAUGUCUGAGAAGUAAAAACCCUGAACGACUUUUUAUUGUCAGCUGACACAAAGGAACAGUGCUCUGCAAAGAUGAGCUGAUCAUGCUUUCUGUGUCGGCAGCUGUCUGUUAAUCGUUUUAUAGAGAAAUGAAUGUGUUUUGAGUGUGAAUUUGUUUUUUAAUAAAAUAGACGGUUUGGUUUGCUUAUA